UUGGAAACAUGGCGGCAACCAAGCGGUCUACGGAUCGAAACAAAAACAUUCCCGAGUACGAGUAUGCCGAUGUUAACACCAAACCGUUCCACGUCGGCUCUUUUAGAGACGAGUGGCUGGCGAGACUGAAGCCGAGAGACUAUUCCUACCAGCAGGAGGACGAGGACACGUUUGACGCCAACUUCUCAGCAGAGAUGGGGAUCAGUGCGGAGACCAUGGCGGACCUGAAGUCCGUCUGCAGUGUCGAUUCACUUCGUUGCCAUCCUAAAGAUGAGGAGCCUGACGUGCGUGUUGUGCCUCCAGACUCAACGCUGAAGACGCUUAUACACAGGAUAAGGAGGCAGGAUUGCAGACCUCCUCAGAAAAACACAAAGAACAGAUAUGACCUCUAUGCUGAUGAGCUGGAGCGUUUAGUUCUUGACAGAACACCGGAGGAUCAGACUGACAUGAUCCCUGAAGGAGAAGUCCUUCUAACCAUCAACGUCUACCACCCAGCCAUUUACGAGAAAUUUAACUACAUCCGUCCCCAUGUGACUCUGCUGAUGACGGGCUCCCACAGCCUGGCAGAGCUCAGAGAUGCCAUUUGCUGCAUCAGCGACUUACAAGUGUGCGGCGAGUUCAGCAAGACUCCAGACAUGGCUCCAGAAUUCAUUUGCAAAGAUCAUUACAAAUCAGCGUUCUUUUUCUUGGAAUCGAUAUUCUACAAUGACAUGCGAUUUCCAGAGUGUCAAGACAUGAGCAUGACAACGAUGGAAUGGGCAAAGUCCCAUAAUUUUCCACCGUACAGCCAGGCCCGGAUGGAGGACACGCUGCUGGCGGAUCUGACCGUUAAAGUGGGGUUCCCGUACCUUUACUGUCACCAGGGAGACUGCGAGCAUCUCGUCAUCUUUACAGACAUCAGACUGACCCACAAGAACGACUGCGUGGACAAGAAGCUGUAUCCACUUCUCAUGCACAAGCACAGGAUCGCCACGCAGAAAUGUGCCGUCUGCCACGUCUUCAUUGGCAGAUGGUACACAACCAAUGACCAGGUCGCUCCCAGUGAUCCGUGUCUCUUCUGCGAUAAAUGCUUUCGGAUGCUGCAUUACGACGCUGAAGGCAACAAACUGGGCGAGUUCCUGGCUUUUCCCUACGUAGACCGGGGAGCAUUUAACUGAUAUUUCUAUUUAAAUUACUUUGACAAUGUUAUGCUUUGUAAACAGUGAAAUGUUCUAUAUUUCAGAAAGAAAUGUUAUUUUCCUGAUUUUUAUUUUUUCCCCCAACAUUUUCUUGUUUCAGAGAGAAACAAGUUGAGUGAAUUGUGCAUCUUCUGUAAACUUCAUUCCAGUCUUUCAUGACUUUAUUGCUUUCAAUGUUCAUUUCUAUUCAGUAUUAAAUUCAAUAUAUAUAUUUUUAAACUUUGGAUUGUUUUAGGUUGUGUAAUCUGGGCUACUUGUGUGUGCAACACAAUCAGGAUCAUUUUUAUUUUUAGUCUUUACCAGCAGCUUUAAUUCAUGUUCAUAGCUACAACAAACACUACCACAAUUAAUAAAAAACAUGUUGGAGAUUAAUAUAUGAUAAGACAGCAGGUGUACUUCAGCUACCACUUUAUUAUUAGAUGCUGGUACAGGUCAGACAGGCACAAAAAUACUCUUAUUUACAUCUACGUUAAAAUGAAACAGAAAAACACAUGUCAACACGGUUGAAAAUAAAGCAACUUCUUAUCUAAAGAGACUUUGGCAAACUUUUGUUGUGCAACUGAAGUGAGCAUGAAACAUCAAUUACAGUGUUCAUACCCCAAAUGGUGACAUAUUCAUAAUUCCUUAUAUUCAAAGCCAAACUAGAACCAGCGACUUAAAAUCUACCUAACUGGAAGAGAAAUAAGACAUUUUAAAAGUAUUUACUUCAGUUGGGACGUGUGUGUGUGACGGUAACCCUGUGAGCAUGCUCAUUAACAUCAUGUUGAGUGUUGCACAUUUGCUAGUUGUUAUGAGCCACCAGCUAAACACGUUACAAUGCGGAUAAACUACAAGGUGCCUGAAAGUAAGCUUACAUACAAGAAA